GAUACAAAAAACGUAAAAAACGUAAAAAGUAUAGUGUGUUAUUGUAUGUUGUGAGCGGCGCCUUUAACUGCCAGGCUCGUAAUCUCGCGAGAUUUACUUGGCGCCGCGACCUCAUGUGAAACAUCAUCCCGACUAGCAGGAUCCACAGUCCGGCCGACGUUGUUCUCUACGUUGGAACAAAUAAAACGCGAUGGAGACGCGGAUUGCACACAUUUGAACCCCACCUACUCUCUCUCAUCUUCUCUCACCGAAAACGACAUUUACCGGACAUACAUAUUCAGCUGUUUAUCUGAAACGUAAACAAGGGCGGGCGAGACGAUGUGGAUCCAGGUUCGCACCAUAGACGGGAAGGAGACCCGAACCGUGGAGGAUCUCUCCAGGCUGACCAAGAUUGAAACGCUCCGGUUGAAAAUACGGGAUAUAUUCAAUGUGAGCCCGCAUCAGCAGCGCCUCUUCUACCGAGGGAAGCAGAUGGAAGAUGGCCAGACGCUAUUCGACUACAACGUGGGUCUCAAUGACAUCGUCCAGCUCCUCAUCCGCUCCCAAACGGACUCUCCAGACAGCCCCUCAGACAAGGACUCGGUCAAGGACUCUCCCGGCGAGGCAUGUACCUCUGCUCCGGCGUCUGCCGUCCCUCGCUCUGAAAGCCCCUCCUCCCCUGCACCGGUGUCCCCCGUUGCUAUGGAAACCUCCACUACUAAAGACAAUGACAGCAGUGACAUUACAGAUCCCGCAAAUGACCCCAAGCCGGACACCGUUGCGCCGAGUGACUCAGCUAGCACCAAAAAUGGACUCAGGUCCUGCAGUCCCACACAGGACACCCAGUCGCCCACAUCCAGCAAAAACAUGCUAGUGGACCCAGGAAUUGGGGUGUACAAAAUUAAUGAGCUGGUGGACUGCCGAGAUGUGACUGUCGGCGCCUGGUUCGAGGCCUGCGUGGAGAACGUGACCCGCCCCCCUAAAGCACCCACCAAGGGCAAGGUGGGACGCCCCCCCAAAAGGACUAACGGAAAGCUGGAGGGCGAACAAGGCCAAAGCACAGACAAUAGCAGGAAUAAUGUUAAUGCAUUAAACUCUGAAAGCAACGGAGCGUCCACCUCCCAGACAACAGACUCAAGCACAGAAGUCAAGGAGCGAGACGAGGACGUCGUCUACCACAUUAAAUACGAGGACUAUCCCGAGAACGGCCUGGUGGAGAUCCGACCUCUUCACGUGCGACCUCGCGCCCGGACCCUGCUGCGCUUCGACCAGCUUAUGGUGGGUAUGCAGGUGAUGGUCAACUACAACCUGGAGACACCCGAGGAGAGGGGUUUUUGGUUUGACGCUGAGAUCCAGACCCUCAACCAGACAUCCCGGACCAACAAGGAGCUCAGAGUCAAGAUUCUCCUGGGGGGUCCUGAUGAUGUGAUCGGGGAUUGUAAGGUUCAUUUCCUGGAUGAAAUCUACCAGGUGGAGAAACCAGGAGCUUCACCCUUGUCUGCUGCAGAUGGACAAUUUAAACGAAAGAGCGGGCCCGAGUGUAAACACUGCAGGGCUGACCCGGAUGCCGAGUGCCGCUUCUGCUCAUGCUGCGUGUGCGGCGGCAAGCAGGACGCUCACAUGCAGCUGCUGUGCGACGAGUGCAACAUGGCGUUCCACAUCUACUGUCUCAACCCGCCGUUGGCCACCAUCCCGGACGAUGAGGACUGGUACUGUCCCACCUGUAAGAAUGACACCAGCGAGGUGGUCAAGGCUGGGGAGAAGCUCAAAGCCAGCAAGAAGAGGGCCAAAAUGCCCUCAGCCACAACAGAGAGUCAGCGGGACUGGGGCAAGGGCAUGGCCUGUGUGGGGCGCACCAAGGAGUGCACCAUUGUUCCCUCCAACCACUAUGGACCUGUUCCUGGUGUUCCUGUGGGGACCACGUGGAAAUUCCGAGUUCAGGUGAGCGAGGCUGGCGUUCACAGGCCGCACGUGGGCGGCAUCCACGGUCGCAGUAACGAUGGAUCCUACUCGCUGGUGUUGGCGGGGGGCUUUGAGGAUGAGGUGGACCGGGGGGAUGAGUUUACUUACACGGGCAGCGGGGGUCGCGACCUCUCAGGAAACAAACGCAUCGGAGAGCACUCGUUUGACCAGACGUUGACCCACAUGAACAGAGCUUUAGCCCUAAACUGUGACGCCCCUUUGAACGACAAAGACGGGGCGGAGUCCAGGAACUGGCGGGCUGGGAAGCCAGUCAGAGUGGUGCGCAGCUCCAAAGGGCGCCGCAUCAGCAAGUACGCCCCCGAGGAAGGGAACCGAUACGACGGCAUCUACAAGGUGGUAAAAUACUGGCCUGAAAUAGGCAAGUGCGGUUACCUGGUGUGGAGGUACCUGCUGAGACGGGAUGACCAGGAACCUGCGCCCUGGACACCUGAAGGACUGGACAGGAUCAAAAAAUUGGGUCUCUCAGUUCAGUACCCGCCUGGCUACUUGGCAGCCAUGGCCAACAAGACAAAGCGGGAGGCCGUCGCCCGGCCGGGUCGCAGCGGUCGCAGCAAGCACCAUUCUGGCAGGGGCCGGGGGAGGGGGCGGCCGCGGAAACACCCGAAGGUUGCCAAAGAGGAGCAUGAGGAGGACGAGGAGUUCGAGCAGCUGAUUGCCGCUGUGGAGGAGGAGGAAGAGGAGGAGGAGCUGCAAAGCAACGGAGAUCAGCAGACAAGCGGGGACAGCGAAUGGACCCCACCAGCCGAGCCACCUUCCAAGCGUCUGAAGGUCGAGGAGGCCUUCGAGCUGUCGGAGCAUCAGCAGCAGUUAAUCCGAGAGGACACGGCCAAUAAGAAGCUGUGGGACGAAGCCAUGGGACACCUUGCAGAGGGACCAAACUUCCUGCGUAAGAUGGAGCAGAUCUUCAUGUGCGUGUGCUGCCAGGAGCUGGCCUACCAGCCUGUCACCACCGUCUGCUCGCACAAUGUUUGCAAGACGUGCCUCCAGCGCUCGUUUCGGGCCGAGGUGUACACCUGCCCUGCCUGCCGCCACGACCUGGGCAAGGACUACGGCAUGGCGCAAAACAAGACUCUUCAGAUGCUGCUGGACCAGUUCUUUCCCGGCUACAGCAAAGGACGAUGAGAUCCAAGUAGAAGACGCACCGCACCGCAGCGCACGCACAUACACACACACACACACACACACACACACACACACACACACACGUGUGUGUGUGUAUACUGUCGAGAGCUCAAUUUUCGAAAGAUGCAUUGCACUUACAGCCAUUUGUGUAUACGUACAAUCAUACGCACACAAACCACCUCAGUAGGUUCUGACCUCAUCUGUUCUCCAUAAACCUCACCAGCCUGAGAUUUUCAAGCAAGGACGCGCUCGCAGAGGGACACUCGCAAGCCCGCCGUUUAGAUGAAUCACACCGUGGCCUCUUGUGCAACUGCAGAGAGUUUGGGGCGCUUGUUUGUUAAAGCCGGCCAAGGCCACCAUACAUUUCAUUCCUGCCAACCCGGUCUGCAUGUUGGGUACCAUCCAUGCACUUUAAAGCACGUCGCUAACUCAAUGCCUUAUCGCUAGCUAGGCCUCCCUCCCCCAAGCCAAUACACACAAUAUGCACUUAGUCCAAUUAGGAGCACAUGUUAGCAGCUAACUUGCUAACAACCUCGAGUAAAAGCAACCACUUGUUCAGAUUUUCCAUGGAGCCACAUAAUCAUUCCACAGACAUGAGCAAACCCCGCCCUAAAAGUGACACACAGUGAGCUUACAACCCCUAAAGUGGAGUAUUUUCACACUUUUUCCACCAAGGAGGCAUCGUUGUGGUUGGUUUACAUCUCCCCAAAGCUUCAGACAACCUUGUUUUUAAACGUUCUUCGAGGAGACGUGCAUACGGUAUUUGCGUUUUCGUGAAUGCGGUACUGAGCUCCAUGUGCGAACCAAACUCCGAGGCUCCUGCCGGCGUUUGUUGCUAAGCGGCCAAAGCCGAAGCAAAGUCGGCGAGCACGGUAGAAAGUAAUGACGCACGCUAGCGAAGCGUUGUCAGGAGACGUACUCUCAGUGAAAACCUUAACAUUGACAUUUAGUACAUGUAAAAUAGCAUAGUCUAUCACUGUCUGAAAAGUCCUACAAAACAUGUUGUAGGUCAAGUUUGGUUGUUGCGUAGUUCGUUUUUUUUUUCCCUGAUGAUACGACCCAUUGUCAUGUAACACGUUGCCUCCUGUUGGUUUGGAGGUUAGGUUUGUUUUCAACAUCAAACAUUUAAAUUGGCUUAUCGAUGGAUCACGGCUGUGCACAAAGUACAGAGGUAUUGUUUUUGUUACACUCUGACGCUACACUUUGCUUUAAAAAUAUUCAUCGUUUUUGUUUUCGUGAUUCACAAUUAAAACUCAAAGCACUUACUUGCAUAGAUUUUCCACCGGGUUUGAUUUUAUUGCCAGUUUUUGCAUUCACGAGCAGCUUGGUGUGUUUUACUACAAAGGAGCAUUAAGGCCACCAUGGAAACAAAAUAUGAAAAGUACAAGAACAAUGUGUAUGGUGUAAAAUACGUUUGUAUUUUUUGGGGGGGAAAAAAAAUAUUACAGGAAUAAAUUCCUAUUUUUUCCUAAUAAAAAGAUGCCAUAUUGUGAGAAUAAAGUUGUUUCUUUUUAUUUAAUUUUUUUUUAAUCCAAUAUUUUUGUUUUGUUUUUAUGACUUCUGCACAUUAAAGUAAUAGACUUUCCCCGUUAUGACAACUUUAUUCUUGUAAAAUGACAUCUUUUUAUGUAUUGUUUUACAUUGGUUAUUGUUUUUUUUCCUCUCAUAAUAUCAUAACUUUGUUCUCAUAAAUUUCCUUAAAUGACAAAUUUUUCUGUCAUAAUAUCAUGACUGCGACUUUAUUUUGUAAUGUGACACAAUAUUUUCUCACAAUGACUUGAAGCAAAUUCAAAUGAGGACUUUUUUUUAUUAUAUUUUUCCACCUGAUAUAACUUUUUUUUUUAAUAUUACAUCUUUUCUCUUGUAAUAUGAUGUCUAUGUUCUUACAAAACUAUGACUUCUCGUAAAUGUACAACUUUUGUCAUAUCCAGCGGUAAUUGUAUGACAUUAAUUAUGUGGUGUUUUCAUUGUGGCCUUCCUACUCCUUUGUGUGAUUCCGCCCUGUAUGGUACUUCCAAAAGUUGACGGUUGGCAGGGGUUAAAGGUCAAACAAAUCACUCGGGCUGUCACGGUUUGGUCAUAAAAGUCAUGAGACAUGAUUAUUUGGUUGAUGAUUGGGGCCCCGCCCCUUUUGUGGGCGGGCUUGUGUUGCUUUGUGGGACGUCCUUGUUUUUGUUUUUUUUUCCCACUUCGAUCGUUCAGGUUUUGUUUUCAACCAUGCAAUUCUAAAUGCUCUUUGAAAAGCUAACUGUGAUGUGCAUUAAUGAUUUUAUUUUUUUUUUGUUCUUCGCAUCGACUGGCUAACUAAUAGCGCUCCUCCCUGCAGUGACCCUUGCCCCCCCUCCUCUGCUGUCUUUGUGAGCAUACAGUGCUAACAGUUUUUUAGACGUCUUGUGGACGCUUCAGUGCUGUGUCGUUUUUUUCCUCUUUUUUAAAAAAAUAAUGAUUAUUAUUGCACUCUACUGAAGAAGAAAAAAAGUCACUAUUUUUUUCCUAAGAAAAAAAAAAGCUUACUAUCUCGAUGUCCUUUUUUUUCUCUCUUGUAGUUUUUAGUUGCCUUCCGUUGACACUUUUUAAUCAUUAGUCACUUUUAUGUGCUGACCUUUUCGCAGCAUUCGCCAGUCUGUUUUGAGCAGUUCCAGUGCUUCAUAUUGUGAUCGGAAAAUUUUAUACAUGUCAUAAUACUUAAUAUGUACCGAUUAAAUAUUUGGAUUCCA